GUGACAGGUCGUACAGGGUUCAAGGAGGAAUUCAUUAACACAAGUUACGGGGCCUCAGUUAGCAAAUAGUGGUUACCUUGAUACUAGAGACAUUGGACUGGCACGAUGUCGCUAGGACAUGGAGGCCCUACCAGUGAUACAAGUGUUGCACAGAAGACAGAAGGAGGAAAAGAAGAGCUGUGCCUGUACUCGGCCCCUGCUGUCCGCACACCGUCCGUACAGCAGCUGUCCCGGGCAGCAGCCAAGCUGAACCUGCAGCUGGAUGAAGAGGAAUUACAGCAGUUCAGGGAUGUUAUGCAGGGCACGGUGGCGUCCUACCAGCGGGUUGACCAGCUAGUGGAGCCGGUACCGCCCGUCAGGUGGCCGCGGAUCCCGGGCUGGCGGCCUGAACCUGAGGAGAACCCGCACAACGCAUGGUACUGGCGAACAGAGAUCACGGGUGCUCCUUCAGGAAAGCUACAAGGGAAGACCGUGGCCAUCAAAGAUAACGUGGCCGUGGCGGGGGUACCUAUGAUAGACGGCAGUAGGGUACUGGAGGGAUAUGUGCCAGAGUAUGAUGCCACCAUCGUAUCAAGGAUCUUAGAUGCAGGUGGACUUAUCAAAGGUAAAGCGGUGUGUGAGGACAUGUGUAAGUCUCCCAGCAGCUUCACGGCAGCUACCGGCCCGGUAGAGAACGCACACAUGCCCGGGCGUUCGUCUGGGGGCUCCAGUAGCGGCAGCGCAGCUUUGCUUGCACUUGGGGAGGUGGACCUCGCCAUAGGCGGAGACCAGGGUGGUUCUAUCCGGAUCCCUGCGGCCUGGUCCGGUGUGGUGGGACUGAAGCCGACCUACGGACUGGUCCCCUACACGGGCUGUGUCUCUGUGGAGACCACGCUGGACCACGUCGGACCCAUGGCCAGGACUGUUGAGGACGUCGCCGUGAUGCUAGAGGUGCUGGCUGGAUACGAUGACGGGCUAGACCCCCGACAGAUUCCCAACGUCUCCGCUCAGAACUACAGUAGUCAGUUAACGGGGGAUGUAAGCGGGAUCAGGAUUGGCCUUCUGAAGGAAGGGUUCGGCCUAAUGACGUCAGAAGCUGACGUAGACGACAUGGUGCGUGACGCGGCACACAGACUGAUGACGUCAGCGGGCGCCAUUGUGGAAGAAGUAUCCGUUCCUAUGCACCACGACGGACUGGGAGUGGGAUGGAAAGGUUUCUACCAAACAAGCAUGCUAGAAGCUCUCGCGAGAGGUUUCAAGUCUCGCGCGAGUGAUACCUCCCACACCCUGAAGCACCUGAUGUUGUUUGGCGAGUAUAUGAGAGAGACGUACGGUGGCAGGUAUUAUGCCAAAGGACAGAACCUGUCCCGCGUGUUGACGCAGGCGUACAACAACGCUCUACAGAAGUAUGACGUACUGGUUCUACCCACAGUUCCCUUCAAGGCACCGGAGAUUCCAAACCAGGACGUUUCUAUCAAAGAGUUCUGUCAGCCAGGGUUCAAAGUGGUAGCCAACACGUGUCCGUUCAACCUGACCGGACAUCCCGCCCUCAGCAUCAAUGCCGGCUUCUCACAUGGGCUGCCCGUCGGCAUGAUGAUCGUCGGCCGCCAUUUUGAUGACGUAAUAGUGCUCAGAGUGGCGCAUGCGUACGAAAGGAUUAGAGACAGCAGAUGAUGCAUAUCAUGUACAUGUAUGAAAAAAAAGUAAAAGAAUUACAGUAUCAUCAAAUAUAAUUUAUCCCGUUGGAUAAUAAUUAAGGGUUAAUGACCCGCCCUGAGAUGUAUAUGGUGUGAUAUGAAGCCUUGUCAGUUGCUAUAACCACCGAAUAAAACCACCGAGUGAGCGUAGCGGCAUGAUGAUCGUCGGCCGCCAUUUUGAUGACGUAACAGUCCUCAAAGUUACGU